GAUUGCAUGACUUGUAAAAUUACUUAUUUGGGGACCUGCAGUGGUGUUUGAGUGGAUAUUGCGGCCUGGUUCUGAAUGAUGUCAGAACAGGAUUUGGCAGAUGUGGUUCAGAUUGCUGUUGAAGACUUGACUCCAGAUAACCCAGUUGUGUUGGAGAAUCAUGAAGUGACAGAUGAUGAGGUAGUGCCUACUCUGAAACGUCAACGUAUAGAAAUUAACUGCCAGGAUCCCUCUAUUAAGUCAUUCCUAUAUUCCAUUAAUCAGACAAUAUGCCUGCGGUUGGAUAGCAUUGAGGCAAAGUUGCUGGCACUAGAGGCUACCUGUAAAUCAUUGGAAGAGAAGUUGGAUCUUGUCAUGAACAAACAGCAUAGCCCCAUCCAAGUCCCUAUGGUGGCAGGUUCUCCUCUUGGCGCGACACAGACGUGCAAUAAAGUACGAUGUGUUGUCCCUCAGACCACAGUAAUACUGAACAACGACCGACAGAAUUCGAUUGUAGCCAAGAUGGUUGGGCAGGAAGAACCAUUGAGCAGAGCAGCGGAUUCCCUGGAAAAUAUCCUUAGCAAUGCUGUUCCUGGACGUAGGCAGAACACCAUAGUGGUGAAAGUCCCGGGGCAUGACGACAGUCACAAUGAAGAUGGAGAGAGUGGCUCUGAGGCUAGUGAUUCAGUUUCCAACAGUGGACAAUUAGGAAGCCAGAGUAUUGGGAACAAUGUCACACUUAUUACGCUGAACUCUGAAGAGGAUUACCCCAAUGGGACAUGGCUUGGAGAUGAAAAUAAUCCUGAGAUGCGAGUCCGUUGCCCCAUCACCCCUGCUGACAUGCUGCACAUCAGCACCAACUGCCGCACAGCCGAGAAGAUGGCACUGACAUUGCUUGAUUAUCUCUUCCAUCGGGAAAUUCAAGCCAUCUCCAACCUUUCUGGCCAGGGGAAGCAUGGGAAGAAGCAACUUGAUCCUCUCAUGAUUUAUGGAAUUCGCUGUCACCUGUUUUACAAGUUUGGAAUCACAGAAUCUGACUGGUAUCGAAUCAAGCAAAGCAUAGACUCCAAAUGCCGAACAGCUUGGAGGCGGAAACAGCGAGGGCAGAGUCUUGCCGUGAAAAGCUUUUCAAGGCGAACACCUUCAUCAUCAUCUUACAGUGGUUCAG